AUGGCCCUCCUCACCCUCCUCACCCUCACCCUCGGCCUCGCCACCACCGCGCUCGCCCUCCCACAAAACCUACCCCUCCCCCCACCCCCCUCAGCACCCCUCGUCCCGAGCGCGACAAACAUCACUCUCCACGCCCUCCCUCAUUGCGCCUGCUCCGCCACCUCCGCCACCUCCAAAAAGGCUACCGAUACCGAGAUGACGCUGGAAGUGGACGCCAACACCUGCACACCUCUCUGCGCGCCCAGCGUCUCGAUCCCGCAGGUGGAGGGGCGGGGGUGUUUGUUGGGGGCGUGGUAUCGUUCUGCUACUUGUGCGAUGGUUGAGGGAGAUGGUGGGGAGAAGGUGACGUACGUGCUCGGACAGGGGACGGGGGAGUUGUGCGUGGACUUGGAGAUUGAGGAGGGCGAGUGCGAGGACGGAGGGAAGGCGAGUGCGGUCUGGAGCUGUGGAUGA